UCCUCAGAAUCACAUGGAGAGUGAAGGUGGUCUCUACUAUUUCUUCAGUAAACUUAAGAGGACACACAGGUUGCUCUCUCCCACAUCCCAGGUGGAAUGAGAUGUGAUUGUUUCAUGUUUCACACGUGAGUAAUCAGUGUUAGCUGAGCUCUUUCACUGAAUGAAUCCAAGAAGCCCUGUUUGUUGCUUUCUGAAAUGAGCAGCGGACCUUGUAAGAGCAUUUCCAAGACUGCUUUAAUGUAUGAAGUCCCAUUUUGAAACACAAUGUCAAAUGAAGCCAGUUCGGGGCAGAAGCUUUCUACAACAACUGUCAGUUCGGUUGCUGUUCAUGCCGGGAAUGCCAGUAUCGUUAUAGCUGUACUUAAGUGUGGAAAAUGGGUGAAGCUUCAGCUGGCUGAAUCAACACCAAAUUUAUUAGAAAUUGGCAGCAACCAAGAUGAGACUAAAAAACUACUACAAGAUCACGAACUCCUCCUAACUAAACUUAAGGCUUUGGAAGACCAAGUAUGGAACCUGCUGCAUGAGGCAGACAAGGCUGCAGAUGAGAACAAAGACAAGAGUCAGGUGUAUGAUGCCAUGGCAGAGACACUCGGAGAUGCAUGGGAUGCUCUCAUCAUUAUGUUAGAGAAGCGACAGGCACUUCUGGAACUUACUUCAGUGUUCUUUGAAAAUGCUCUGGAGUUUGCUGUUAAAAUUGACCAAGUUGAAGAUUUCUUAAAAAAUACUCAAGAAUUUGACAAUAUUGACACUUUGAAAGAACUCCUUCUGCAACAAGAGCAUCACACAAAAGAGCUCUUGGAAAAGUCGCUUACACUUCUAAACAAAAGCCAAGAACUAACUGAAUUUAUAGAAGGAUUCAAAUGUGAAGGGCCAAAUGCAAAUCCUGAGCUAAUUCAGGGAGCCCAUAGCAGCUGCUUGAAAAUUGACAAUCUCCUUGAACUGCUACAAGACAGGCGGCGGCAACUGGACAGAUUUCUUAAACAUCAGCGUCAAGGACUGGAGCAGGUUCUGCAAAUUUUUUUGUGGCAUCAACAAGAGAACAAGGUAACAUCUUGGUACAAGAAGAACAUCAGAGAUUAUGUACACAAGCAAAACCUAGGCUCGUCUUUAUUGGAAAAUGAAGAGUUACUUCAAGAGCAUAAAGAAAUGGAAGUCAAAGUGAAAGAAUGGAACUCCACUGUGGAACAAUUAGAGGCUGAAGCACUUAAGAUUUUGCUUUCGGAGGACUAUACAGAAAAAGAACAUCUAAACCUCACAAAUCAGAAAAUCUGUUUGUUGCAAGAAGAAGUGUGCUGCCAUAUGGAAGAAAGGAAAGCCCUGCUACAAGAGGCCAAUAACUUUUUUAAUGCUGCUGGCAAGGCACUUGAUGCACUUGAAGAUAUUGAGAAUUACUUUAGAAUCCUUAAUUCGGAAGGCUUAAGUCUGCCUAUCUUGGCAAUGAAGUACGAGGAAUUAAAGGAAGAAAUUAAAAGCUGCACAGCAAGUACUUUGCAAAAAGGACAAACUUUAGUUAAUAAAGCAGAUUCUCACAGCUCUUGGGUAACAGGAAUUCAGAAAAUCAUAGAGUAUGUUCAAAAAAAAGUGGAUCAAUUACUGAGGCAGUGUCCAGAUUAUAAAGAACUUACUUUGAAGAAACAACAAUGGAGUACCUCACUUGAAGAACAUCUAAAUAUGGUAUCACAGUUGAUUAAAAAAAUCACCCCGAAGAUUGCAGUUGCUUUGGAGAUUGAUUCCUGUUUGUCUGAGUCAGAAAGAAUUUUGAACGAACACCUGGAACUGGCUAAUCAAAUAAAGGAAGCUUCACAUGAACUGGAAGCAGCUAAUGGAAUCAUCAAAGAUAUAGAAGAGUUUGAACCCAAGCAAAUGGCAGCUUUUUCUAGCAAAACUGACUUUCUGAAUGAAGAACUGAAAAAAAUUGAAAGAAAUAUUAAUUCAAAACUGGAAAUCCUAACAACUUAUGUGAACUUUUUAAAGUCAACAGUGGAGGUGAAUGACCAUAUUCAAAAUCUGAAGGAUUUUUUUCAAGCAGAACCACUACAAACAAGCAGAGAGGUUGAAAAUAGAAGUGCAAUAGAGUCAGCUAAUACCAAGUGGCAAAAGACUAUAAAGAUGAUUUUUUCCACUGAAAAUUUGGGUCACAAUUUCCUUAAUUUAGCAAGUAUGGCAAAUGAGAGCUUAAUAUUGAAAGCAGAAAAUAGUGUACAAGUAACAGAAGAUACCAUUAUUAAUCUGAGUAAAGGAAAGAAAGAGCUGACCGAUCUUUGGGCAGUCUGGAAUUUUAAAAUUAAUCAAGUAAAACCUAUCAAGCAACAGUGCUUGAUAUUUGAAGAACAACUAACUAAGACUACUCAUGGGCUAAAGAUUCUUCAAGAGGCUCUUAGGCUUAUAUCAACAAUUGAUCUUGGAAGUGACCUUUGUAUUGGCUUAGAACUGCAAAAGCUUAACAAAAUGAAACCACAGUUUCAGCAACUGAAUGCUGAAAUGGAGUACAUGAUAAAAGUAUUAGAAUCGCCAAGUCAGAAAGGAUUUCCUGUGAAAGAGAAUUCUGAGAGAAUGAGUGAGCUUAUACAUCUAUAUCAAAUGGUAAAGAACACGAUGACAGAAUAUGAUGAAAUUUUCAACAAAACAGUUAAAUUCCAUCACGUUAAAAAAGAACUGGAAUGUCUAUCAAAAUCAGGAGAACUGGGUAUUCCUGAAAUAACUGAGGGCCCUGAAGAUGUGCACCAUGCUAAAGCCUACCUUUUGAAUGCUCAGAAGAAACAUGCGCAUAUCAGACAGCUUUAUAAACUGUUUAUUACCCGGGGAGUGGAUAUCUUGUCUGCAGUGCAGCAAACUAAUUGCUUGAAUGUUUCUGUAAAGAAUCUGAAGCAAGAACUUGCUAGACUUGAGUGCGACAGCAUUAACUGGAGUUCCAAAGCAGAUAAAUAUGAGGAAGAACUGUCACAGCAUUUCCAAUACUGUACCAAUCAAGAGGAGAUAAAUGAGCUCAGAGAAUCAUUUAAGGAUCUCAAAAAGAAAUUCAACAAUUUGAAGUUUAACUAUACCAAGAAAACUGAAAAAGCUCGAAAUUUGAAAUCCCUUAAAAUACAUAUUCAGCAAGUUGAUACAUAUGCUGAUAAAAUACAGGUUCUUAAAAAGAAGAUGGAUAAUUUAGAGAAGAAAUUCAUUGACUCUGCAGGAAAUGAUGGUAGAGUCCUCUUGGGGUCAAUUAGUGAGUUACAAAAACAGCUGAGUGACUUUGGCAGAGUUGUGGAGGAUUACAGUCAAAAUCUGAAUCUCAUGGAACAACUGCAACAGAUAAUGGAAGAGUGUCAAUUUUGCUUUGAAGAUGUGAGUGCAACAGUCAUUAGAGUUGGCAAGUAUUCUGCAGAAUGCAAAACAAGAGAAGCAAUAGAGACUCUCUACAAGCAAUUCAUUAAGUUUAUUGAGUCUACAGUGCCUCAGCAAGAAGAAAAAGUUCAGCAGAUUAUAGACCUGGCUAAACAGUUAUAUGGUUUUGAAGAAGGAAAGAAGUAUGUUGAAAAAGCUGUAUCAAAGUACAAAGAAAUUCUUAAUUCUGUUGAUGAGUUGUGUAGAUCUCUGAGAGAAUUUAAGCAGAUUCAGAAAGAUGAGUGUGUUGAAGAGUUGGUUACCGUGCAAAAAGAAGAAAGAAAUAGCCAAGAUGCAUGUAAGACUGUUAUAGAUGAAGCAGAGGAAAAAAAGCAGCAGACGGGAUCAGAUAUAUUGCUUACAACUUCAAAAAACAUUACUGAGAAGAGAAACAUGACUCCUACCAACACUAAGCAGGAGAGGAAUAAAUUGGCUGAUAUUCCAAUUAUCUGCCCAGCUGGUAAGGAUCUUGUUUCACAGGAUACAGAGCUGUUAUCUUCGGCCAAAGAGAAGAGCUUACAGACUGAGUUCCUGGCAGAAGAAAUACCCUCUGGAGAUGAAUAUGAGUGUUUCAUGUUUCAAUCAGACGCCACCAGAAGCUGUCAGAGGCAGAUGGUUACCCGAGAAGAGAUUAAAAGUGCAUCAGAAAAGAACAGCAUGGCCAGCCUAACUGGACAGGCGCCUAACUUCUCCCAGCUUCUGUCUAAUGUAACCGUCAUGGAAGGUUCUCCAGUAACCUUGGAAGUAGAAGUAACAGGAUUCCCAGAGCCUACACUGACAUGGUACAAGAAGGGCCAGAAAGUGACUGCAGAUGAGCACUUAAAGCUUUUACAAAAGGAGAAAAAGCAUACUUUACUCAUUCAGAAGGUGUGUGAUAAAGAUGCUGGGCUCUAUGUUGUUCGGGCUAAAAAUUCUAGUGGCACCAUAUCAUCAAGUGCCAUUCUCCACGUGAAAGUACAGGGAAAACAGCCAAGCUUCAUACAAAAAUUUGGACAUACAACUUUACAGGAAGGAGAAGAUUUAAUCCUACAUUGCACUAUACAUGGAAAGCCCAAACCCCAUGUCUGCUGGACUAAGGAUGAUAUCCAAGUGGUAGCUGGAGAUAUCAGUGUUGAGAAAUUAGGAGAUACCUAUUACCUCUUAAAAAGAAAUGUAGUCCUUGCUGAUACUGGGAAAUAUAUCUGUGUUGCCAGCAAUGAAGUUGGAAAGGCACACUGUUCUGCUGUUGUAACAGUGAUAGAGAAAAAUAAAACCCCAGAAAUUUCCACUGUAACUCAGACUAAAUCAGAAUGGAAAGAUGGAUAUUUUUCAGAAAAAGUGCAUGUCACCACAGGUGAACUACUACAAACCCAGGACACAUUUUAUGUGAGAGAUCAAAGGCCAGUCACUAAACAUCUCCCAUUAAGGUUUAAAGAGAAACUCUGGCUUCAAGGAGUGUAUGUUGAACUUGUGAGGCCAACAGAGGUUAGCUUCAGUUUGGAACAUGAUCCUGUUCUUCUGCGUGCUUCAGAGGAUCAGAUGGACUGAACUACAAAAUACCUGAUUCAUGAGAGCGUUCGUUUUGUUUGCUGUGUCCAUUAUUGGGUGUUGACCAUGUGUGAGGAGAAAAUGAGUCUUUGAGUGCUAUUUGGUUUAUAUGUAGGUUACAAUUUGUAUUUUGGUUUCUCUGUAACUCAUCAUUAAUAAAAAUCCAUCUGUGCACAGCA